GGGGAGGCGGGCAGGGAGGAGGAUUGGAGCGGUGGAUGACGAAGGCCUCCUGUCGAUGCUGCCGCCCUCGGCCCUCCCGGCGCUGGCGCCUGCCGCGCGCGCCGCGGCCAGGCCGGCCGGGACGCGGAUGGCUUCCCGCACGCUGCCUCGGGCCGUUGCGCUCUCCGCUGGCAUUCGCCGCUGCAGCGGCAGCGGCUCCCGCAGCAGCAGCAGCAGCAGCAGUGGCGGGGGCGAGCCAGCGUGGACCGUGCCGCUCGUGGCCGGCGCGGCCGACGGCAGCCUGGCGCUGAGAGGCGGUGCCGGCGAGGCGUCGCGGCUGGAGAAGGCCUGGCGCCUGAACCACAGGGCUCAGGAGGGAGCCCUCGGCGCCUCGGCCCUCGCGGCCCUCCAGGCGGAGCUGCGGGGCGUGGAGGCGCGUGCGCAGCCCACUGAGGCGGAGCGGGCGGGGCGGGACGCGCUGGUGCAGCGGCUCGAGGCCGCCGCCAGCAGCGCCUUCGACGGCUGCAGCGCGGUGCUCUUCGGCUCCGCGCUGAGCGGGCUGUGGACGCCGCGGAGCGACCUGGACGGCCUGGCG